GUGCAAAUAAAGUGACUGACAGUCACUCAGUUGUAUAUAGCUGCAAAUAACUAAAACUGGCUAAGUUGUUUGAAUUCAAAAAUGUUGUAUAGAAACAAUCACUUUUAGUUAUUCUUUCAGCCAGUCGUCUAAUUUCGGACUUUUUGGCUACUAGAUGACUAUAACUGAAGUUGACUACAGUCGAAUAUUUUGUUCGAGAUAAUCACUUUUAGUCAGUAAUAAUCAGCCAAAAAGUCCGAAAUUAGGCGGCUGGCUAGUCAGUCACAAAUUUUUCACACGGGUUUGGUUCUCUUCUAAAAAUUCUGAUUCGUGUAUUAUCAACGCCGAAAAGCUAAAGUGAUAAGACGCAUUCAUGGUGUUAGUCAUGAAAAUGGUGAAAGAGAGAGGGAUAAAUCAUUUAAUUACAGUUAAAAAUUCGAAGAAACGACAAUUCAGCGUUGAGUAGGUUGAAUGCCAUUUCAAUUUUAAGCGAUAAUCAGUUGGAAAGGGAUUGUGGGGAAUAAUGUGUGGGAUUGAAAUGCGUAAUUAUAUACAAGCCAAAGCUGAAAAGUGAAACGAAGCGAUAAAAUGCGGCUUGUUGCGGCUGCGAUAGUAAAAAAAAUAAAAAAUCAAUGAGUUAACGAAGGUUUAUGCCAAGAUAUCCGACUUCGUAUUCUGAAUUACGCAAGACUGUUUUAUUGUAUGUAACUCAUUACUUAUCGAUUGUGCGUUCUUCAACUUGGCGAAAUAAUUGGAAUCAUGUUAUUCACCCGAAUAAUGUUUUAGUUAAUUUCAAAUGUGAUUUUUCUGUUCGCAGAGGCCAUAGAGCAGAAGUGUUUUUGUAGCAUUAUCUUUUCAUUUAUAAAUGGGUAACAUUUGUACGUGUGUUAAAGAUGGUCAGUCGAAAGAUUCGGUGGGAAUGCCAUUAGAGGUGGCCAUCGAAGCAAUGAAGCUUUCCAACAAACGAAGUUUCAGUUCAAUCUACUGAGCCCAUUUCGGCUGAGUCGAAAAUGGCGACAAAAAUGGAUGAACGAUUAAAUCAAGAGAUCGACCAUUAUUAUAAUAUGAACCACAAGAAUCGCGGAUUGGCUGUGAUUUUCAAUCAUGAAGAAUUUGAUGACAGCGACUGGUCAGUACGGUAUGGCACUCGUGUUGAUUGUGAUAAUUUAAAAACAACAUUCACAGCACUCAAUUUUAAUGUUCGAGUUCAUGAAGAUCAAACGAAAUCAGAAAUGAAGAACAUUCUUCAAAAUGUGGCUGCCGAAGAUCAUAGCGAUAAUGAUUGUUUGGUAGUUAUUCUGUUGACGCAUGGUGAAUUGCUUCCAAAAAAUGUUUAUAAUCCAGCUUAUAACAGUGCUGUGAACGAAGAAGGCAAUACCAUUUUAUCGCAUGAUCUUGUAAGCUAUAUUCGUACAAAGGAUACAAGGUUUGCAUUGCAAAAAGUUUUCAAGUAUUUUACCGAUAAAAACUGUUUCAGUUUAGCCAACAAACCGCGAUUAUUUUUCGUUCAAGCUUGUCAAGGUGCCGAAUUAGAUAAAGGGGUCGAAUUGCAUCGCCUCAUUGACAAAGAAAUUGAAAUGGACUCAAGUCCUUAUAAAUUAAAGCCAUCGAUUUUACCUCACGAAGAUUUUUUCAUCGCCUAUGCCUCACUUCCAGGUUUUGCAUCAUUUCGAAACAAUGUGGAAGGAUCAUGGUUUAUUCAAGCAUUGUGCAAAGAGCUAAAUCAAUUUAAAUAUCAGUACGAUCUUAUGCAAAUUAUGACACUCACAUGCCAAACUGUGGCCUAUGAAUUUGAAUCAAAAUCAAUAGAUCCAACUAUAGAUAAAAUGAAACAAAUGCCAUAUACUCAAUCAAUGCUAACAAAACUUGUGCUCUUUAAAGAGAAACAAUUGUUGAGCAAACUACAGGAAACAUAUCUUUAAAACUUAUUUCUUUCAAACAUUGAUUCAUGAAUCUAGGAACAAGUUGUGAGAUUCACAUAGAUUCAUGCGUUCGUGGCUUUGUUAUUGUUGUUGUACACUCACUGCGCUGCGAAUAUCUCGUAUACACAAUCAGACGAAUUCACAAAUAUUCGUACGGAUUCGUCUCAAGCGCUUUCGUUCUUACCCCUUGGUGAAUCACAUCAUUUUCAAUUGAAAAAAUAUAAAAUUUUGAUUUUUGAAAUAAAUUCAAUUGUUUCUACUGCGGAAAGAGCCGCUACUCUAUUGAUGUUAUAAACAAUGCAAUCGAUAAAUUCAACGAAAAUCACACAGAAAAAAACAACAAUAACAUGCUGAACAAUUUUGA